AGAUGUGAACAGGAUAAUUACUGUAACCAAAUUAAAAUGACCAAUGCAAAUUCAACAUGACCCAAAAAAACACGAUUACUUUGAAACUUAAAGAAAUCCUUCCACAAAAGUAUAAGACAAUCAAAGUCUUGGGAAAAGGCAGCUAUGGAGUUGUCCUCAAGUGUUUGGACCGGGAAUCCAAACAAAACAUGGCCAUAAAGAUUGCCAGGCCUGGGAGGAACAUCCAUCGUGAGGCCUCCAUACUACAGUUGUUGAUGGACAUUAGACUGGAUCGAGACAACAUUGUUAAGUACUACGGAGGCUCCUCCAGUGACGAGUAUCUGGUCUUCGAAAUGUUGGAUAUCAGCCUGUCUCAAUAUUUUCAGGCAAAUGGCCGUAUCCAUCUGAAGGACAUCAGACCCAUCAUUCAGCAACUCGCCACAGCGUUUGAUGCGCUGAAAGCUGUGGGAGUGAUCCAUGGUGAUGUUAAACCGGACAACAUCAUGCUGGUGGAUCAGGUCAAGCAGCCGUUUACAGUGAAGCUGAUUGACUUCAGUGUGGCUCUUAGUCGACAUGAAGCCAAGAAGGUUGUAAUGAGGCAGGUUGCUUAUUUCCGAGCCCCCGAAAUCAUCCUUGGACUCCCUUAUGCAGAGCCCAUAGACAUCUGGUCAUUGGGUGUUGUAAUAGUAAAGAUGGUGCUUGGUAUUUUCCCCUUCAUUGGAAACACAGACUAUGACUUACUGGAAUGCAUGAUUGGUGUCCUUGGGUUGCCACCAGACGAUGUUCUAAAAGCUGGAAGGGAAACAACGCAGUUUUUCAACAAGAGCGAUUUGGGUCAGUGGAAUUUCAAGACACGUGAAGAAUAUUCAGUCGAGUCAGACGAGACAGUGAAUUUCAAGAUCUACUCUCUGGAAGAAAUGAUCAAGAUGUUUCCAGAGAGAGACAAUGAGGUUGACAGUUUUUUUGAGCUGUUAAAAGCAAUGUUCACGUGGGAUCAGACAAAGAGAAUUACACCUGGCAAAAUCCUCAAGCAUCCAUUCAUCACUCGAAGCUACAUCUUCAACAGCUCCCACCUCAGCUUUUCUCGGGGACUUCAUCGGGCCCUGCAUGCGGUCACCAACCAGACCCCCAUGAAAUGCAACAAACUGGGCUGCAGAUGUGUUGCUGGAUCUCCACCUUACCGGCAUAUAAGGAACAAACACCCUCCAAAGACUAGGGUGUCGUAUAAAGCAAAAGAAGAGACGUGCAGAACCAUAGCCGAGGUCUGCAUGGAUGCAGCUCAUCUUCCCAUAGCUGACGUCAUGUUCUUUAGACCACAAACUAGAUGAGACUGGUGCUGGCUGCAGCCAAGUAAGCCACUCCAUUUUGCUUCAAAUGCAUAAAAAAA